AUGGAUAUUGUCAGGGAAUUCUUUAUCAGCAGAGACUCUGAUCUCGUGACACUAUUAGUCACAUCAAAAGUCGCCCAGGGAUUUCUCUUUGGCAAGGAACCACAGUCAAGACAAACUUCUGGCGAUUCGACUGACCAAUCGGAUCAAAGCAAACCGUAUGUUGCUCCACAAAUUAAGUCUGUUGCAGCCGAUUUUGUAUGGGACAAAUGCGAUGCUCUCAAAUCGUACCCCUUCAAGAAUGGUGCCUACAAAUUGACCAUGGGCAUCCGGAACUUGGAUCCACAGGACUGGCUUCUCAUCGAACCGACUUACAUGGACCGUAUCAAUAACAAAAUUAAAAUAGUCAAUAACGAACAUGAGGAUUAUCCUCCUGACAAGGAUAUCCGGUCCAGCUCGGUAUUCGUUACUCCAGAAGCAGUUCCGGCCAUACGUGAGUUCUAUGAUAUUGUAGUCAACUACAUAUGUGACAAGUAUCCUAUGUAUUUCAGUAGGGAUGGAGAUAAGGUCCACAACGGUAUUACCGGAAGGUCGAUUCCGGCUUCAUCCACCGUUGAUGAAAAGAUAAGUGCCUCGCAGUAUCUAGAUUUUCUAGUAGAGACCAUCGAAGAAGACUUCAUAAUUCUCCUCAAGGAUCCUUCGAGAGAAAAUGAAAAAGAUGGAACAGAGUAUUUCUUCAAAGGUGGGGUGUUUGCGUUUGCUGCAGGCUUUGAUCCUGCUGAUCGUUUCAAUAUGCCACUCUCUUUCAUACACCAUCCAAUUCCCGGGUAUGAGGAAAAGCUCAAGCUUUCGAUGAAUAGAUACUUCUCUCGUAUUAAGCCAGGUCAGUUUAUCACAAGAAGCAACUUCUCGAUGCAGACUCACAACAAAUACUACGUAGACGACCAGAAUAAAGGACACAACUUGCCAGAUGGUUCUGUCCAGGUUCCUAUAGAUAUCAAGGAACUUGACUUUGAGAAUCAGGUUCAUUACAGAAGUGAAAGACAAACUUUGACCAAGCUUCCUAAAUCACAAGCCGUUCUCUUCACUAUCAGAACAUACUUGUUGCCGUUAAGUGAGGUUAAGAAAGAAGGUAAAGAGGUACGCGAACGUUUGAUAGGUGCUAUAAAGGGUUUGCCUGAAGAUAUUUCAAAUUACAAGAGAGCUGGCGAAUGGGGACCUCCCGUGAUUGAGUAUCUCCUGAGAGACGAUUAG